AUGGCGGUGCUUGAAGCUACAGGUCCUGGGGAAGAGAUUCUGUUGACCAGUUUGAUUGCGCAAUGCUCGCAGCAUUUGUCCAGCUUCGAAGCUCGAAACUUGGCGCUCUCGGCGUGGGCCUUGGCCAAGAUGGGUCUUUCCACUGACAAGACCUGGUGCCGCCUCUGGGCCGACGCCGUGAUGGCCAGGUUGCCAGCCUUUGAGACGCGUGACAUGACGAACGUCAUUUGGGCCUUUGCCACCGUGCAUUGGCGGGACGAGAGAUUCUUAACACGCUUUUGCAAGGAGGUUGAGGUGAAAGCGGAGAACUACUCUCCUCAGGACAUUGGCAACACCCUGUGGGCCCUGGCCACCCUGUCGUGGAAGAACGAAGCUGCCUUGACGGCCAUCUCUAAGCGAUGCUUCGACACGGCCGUGACCUUUGACCAGCAGAAUCUCUCCAUUUCGUUGUGGAGUUAUGCGACAUUGGGAUACAAAACGAUGAACUUGUUCCACCACAUGACACAGAUCAUCACCGAGCGGAUCAAGACCUUCGCAUGUCAAGGUAUUGCCAAUGUGGUCUGGGCCUUGGCGAAAUUUCAAUUCCAACAGAAGUGUCUGUUGAUGACCAUCGCGGAAGAAGCUCCACCCCGCUUAGAUGACUUUGAUCCGCAGCAUAUGUCAAUCCUGGCGUGGGCCUAUGCCACCCUUGAGUUCCCGAACCGCCCGCUGCUGACGGCCCUAUGUCAAGCAGCGGUGCGGAAGAUGCAGAUCUUCAACGCGCAGCACAUGGCCAAUAUGACAUGGGCCAUGGCGACCCUGGCCCAUAAGGACGGACGCUACUUGCAAGUCCUAGCGGAGAAGGCCAUGGAGCAGGUGAGCAGCUUCAACCCUCAAGAAUGCUCCAACUUGGUCUGGGCCUUUGCGUUGCUCACCUUCCGAAACGAUGAGUUGCUCCAGGCUUUGAGCAUUCGUUCCCAGGAAAUUGUCUCAGAGUUUAUCCCCCAGAACUUGGGCAAUACCGCCUGGGCUUACAAUCGCUUGGGCUAUCGUGAUGAACGUCUCAUGCAGUGCUUGGUGCGCGAAGCCGCUGGGCGACUUCAUGAAUGCAGCGGACAAGAAGUCUUGGAUCUCAUUGAAUCUAUUUCCACAGGUGGCUACGAGACGUCCGUGCAGGGCCCAGAGUGGCAAAGACUCACUCAGUGGGCUGGCGAGAAAUUUGAGGCCGUACGGCGCUGCGUCGUGGCCUCCAGCGAGAUGCCGUUGACCCUGCGGAAGCUCUCGGACUUCGAUCGAGCGCUGGCCGUGCAGGACUACCGGGAUCACCUGUCCAGCUUUAGCUUGGUGGGUUUGGGCUUUACCUACACGUGUCAGAUGCUGGAGCUGCUUGGAAUCCAGCUACUUCAAGGACCGGAACGGGAGGCCUGGCAGCGGACAGCACAAGAAGCGGCCAAUGCCAUCGCAGGGACUGGAAAUCAGUCAGACAUGAGCAAGAAUGCCGAAGCCCAGGAGGGGCUCAAGGUCUGUCGCACCGUCUGCGUUUACCGCUUCUCGCUCCAUAGCCCGCAGCUCGGCAGCCGCUCCGCCGGGCCCAUGGCGGUGACCAGCGGCCCGGCCAACGACGAUCACCAGCUGGGACUCUUUGCGGCCACCUUGAAGCACCAUAGGGGCGGAGAUGGAGAAUUCCAGGCACUCCAAGCCUGCGCCCGAGCUUCUAUGGACUUGGGAUGUCAACCCAUAGGUGCUCCCCCCUUAGACGGCUCCGCUGUGGAGGGCGAGCUCUGGUUGCACGUCUCGGAAGUGCCGUGCCUGUCCUGUGUGGGCGCCAUGGCACAGUUUCGCAAGGUCUUUCCAGACGUGGCGCUGCGUUUGUCCUUCAACCUGGGGCGGCAACCUUCACAGGAGAAGGGAGCACAGGCCGAGAUGGACAGCCGCCCACAGCUGAGGGGAAGAUCUUUCGGGUGA